UUUUGCAUAAUAUAUAUAUAAGUUGCUUGUAAUAUAGCAAAUUUGAUCGAGUUUAUUUGAAUUGGAGUGUAAUUAGUUCAUGAUUUGAAUUUGUUGAGCUGCGGUUGUUGUUAUUGAACGAGAAUUGUAGCUGUGACGUCAGGCAUUUGUCAUGGAGGAAUUUAGGGUUUUCGUUAGCUGUAUAUAUGUAUAUAGUUGGUUAAGUGUUGAACUGAUUCAAAUUUCAGUUGUUAGUACUUUUGUUUUGAUUAUUUAUGCAGAGUUUAUUGCCUUGAAAACCUAAUUUCUGCUUAAUGUAUUGUUAUUUGGGGGGAAUUUAGGGGUUUCUGUAAGCUGUAUAUAGUUUGUUAACUGUUGAAUCGAUUCAAUUUCAGUUGUUAGUACUUUUGUUUUGAUUAUUUAUGCAGAGUUUAUUGCCUUGAAAACCUAAUUUCUGAUUAAUGUAUUGUUAUAUGGGGGAAUUUAGGGGUUUUCGUAAGCUGUAUAUAGUUUGUUACAUGUUGAAUCGAUUCAAUUUCAGUUGUUAAUAUUUCUGUUUUGAUUAUUUAUGCAGAGUUUAUUGCCUUGAAAAACCUAAUUUCUUAUUAAUAUAUUGUUAUUUUGGUGAAAUAGCAAAUUUGGAUGAGUUACAUUGUUUUUUGGUUUAUAGAAUGUGAAUGUGUUUAGGAAGUAAGAAGCUCGGUAGCGUUCGUUUCGUGGAAUGUAAUAGAAUUGGAAUUUGCGUAGGAAUUGAAAUUUGAUUUGGAAUUUAGGCGUGUUUGUUUCACAUAAUGGAAUGGAAUCCGGAUGAAAUUGAAAUGUGGAUUUCGUUUCUUAUGCUAUUGUUCAAUUUUUAUCAGGAAAACAGUUAAAAUCUAUUAAGAAACUCGAUGUUCACGACUGAUUUAAGACCGAUGGGUGAAAAAGAAGCCAAUAAUUCAAGGAAAAAUGUUCAAAUGCAAAAGAUGAACAGACGUCCACGCAUUAAUCUUCCAGCACUUCGAGGCUUCUUAUUACAGUUUCCUGGAAAAGUUCAAAGGCAUUUGAAGUCAAGGUUCAAGAGACCAACGGAAACAGAGGGAUCGAACAGGGAGAUGUUCAAACUCAAGGAUGCGAAAUUCAGUUUAGAGAAGCAAAUGCAAGCGUGGAGGAAAAAUCCCGUGUGGGAUGAUGAUCAACCCACUUCGAUUGAGGUUGUUGUACCCAAAGGAUCUUUAUGCCAACUAAAUGUGAAAACGAAUGUGGGUUUGCCCCCAGAUGCAAUAUACAACAUUGUAACCGACCCCGACAAUAGAAGGGUCUUCAAGAAUAUUCAGGCUGUACUAUCCAGAAAGGUUUUGCUCGAUGAAGGUUCAAGACAGAUUGUGGACCUGGAGCAAGCUGCUAUAUGGAGGUUUCUAUGGUGGUCAGGAACCAUUUCUGUUCAUGUUCUUGUAGAUCAGAACCGAGACGAUUACUCUAUGAAAUUUAAGCAAGUUACACCAGGAUUUAUGAAAAGGUUUGAAGGUAGUUGGAAAGUAGAACCAAUACUACUUGAUGAAAAACUAUGUCAUCCGUUCAAGCCAAAAACGUUAUCCGAAUACAUGUCAUGCACUCAAUGCAACGGUAGGAUUGCAUCAAAAGUGACACUUCAGCAACUUGUGGAGCCCGCUAUCGUUCCUCCUCCACCUAUCUCAUGGUAUCUUAGAGGAAUCACCUCAAAAACGGUAGAAAUGCUCAUAAACGAUUUAGUAGAAGAAGCUGCUCGAAUCAAAGGUGUUUCGGCUUCUGCCACAGAUGUUAUCACCACAAACCCGAAUCUUGAUCAGGUUUCGUCUAAUGAAAUUCAAACACUUGAUAUUAAAGAAAGAUGGGCGUUGAGACGACGAAAUUCACGCAGAAAUUUGUAAAAAGAAAGAAGAGAUCGGUUUUAAGCCACUAAUCGGUAAGUCAUCCCACUCGUGAGUUGUUAGUUAUACUAUCUGCAUAAUGCUACAUAAUAGUUCUCUAAUGCUAAUGCUACAUAAUGUUAAGGUUGUUGUAUGUCUUUUUGUACAUGUUUGAUUAUGUGAUCCAAAGAACAUUUGCAAAAUGAGUUUAUUCAUGAAUCAGUAUUAUUAAUAUCUGAUUAUGUAUCCAAAGAACGUUUGCGAAA